AUGACACAAUCUUCUUCACAACAACUGUAUGUAGCUAACAUGACUGUUGAUGAAAUUGAACUAUUGAAAAAACUCGAAGAAGAGAAUCGACGUAUCGCAUAUGAUUUAAAGUCGCCUGUUAAUACAACUCAAGGAACUUUAGUAAAUACACGUUCACCUGAAUUACAUCAUAAACCAUUACGACAAGAUUCAGUUUCAAGUGAUUUAAGUAGUUUAACUAUUGAUAGUGAUGCUAAUGUUGAAAAUGAAUGGAGUGAAUGGAAUAAAAUAAUAAAUAAUUGGUCUGCUUAUAUGAGAAAAAAACCUCAAUGGAUUAAAGAUACAAUUCGAGCUGGUGUUCCAGUUCAUUUUCGUCCAUUACUUUGGCAAUGUUUAGCUAAAGUUAAUACAUCAACUGCUAAAGAAAAAUAUAUUGAUUAUAUGAAAAUGACAUCAUCAUGUGAAAAAGUUAUUCGAAGAGAUAUUUCACGAACAUAUCCUGAACAUGAAUUUUUCAAAGAAAAACAUGGUAUUGGUCAAGAAAGAUUAUUCAAUGUGAUCAAGGCUUAUUCAUUAUUUGAUCGAGAAGUUGGUUAUUGUCAAGGCAUUGGUUUUAUUGUUGGACUAUUACUUAUGCAUAUGCCUGAAGAAGAAGCUUUUGCUGUACUUGUAUCUAUAAUGCAAGAUUUUUCAAUGCGUGAUAUGUAUAAACCUGAUAUGUUUUGUUUGGGUCUUUGUAUGUAUCAACUUGAAUGUAUGAUUCAAGAAUUUUUACCAGAACUUUAUCGACAUUUUCAAGUCGAAAGUUUUAAUACUUCAAUGUAUGCUUCUAGUUGGUUUUUAACAUUAUUUACAACUCAACUUUCACUUAAUGUUGUUUCACGUGUGAUGGAUUUAUUUUUAAGUGAAGGUAUAGAAAUGAUUUUUCGUAUCGCUAUUGCGUUACUUGAAAUUCAUCAAGAUGAAUUAAUGUUUUUAUCAAUGGAAGAUAUGUUAAAACUUGUUCGUCAAUUAAUAAUGUUUGUACAAGUUGAUAAUAUUUUCCUUUUUAAUUCAUACCAUAAUCAUGUUUAUCCAUUUUAA